AUGACGAACCAGGCUAAGCCGUCUUCCAAUGUGCCGGCCGAGGCGACCACCGCCAGCUCUGCGGCGGAUCCAACCCCGACCAACAACACCACCGGCAGCACCACCGGCAGCACUACUGACAGCACGACCGAAUCAUCAUCGCAACCGACGUCUGGAUCAUCGUCCGAAGCACCAUCGACUUCGUCCACGCCGGCUCCCACGACAUCAACGGAAAACCCUACCACUUCCAGCUCGUCUUCAUCCGAGUCUAGUACCUCAGCUCCAUCCACCACUUCAGAGCCCUCCACCACGACUUCCAAAUCCGACUCGACUUCUUCAGACAGCCCCACGCCGACCACCAGCUCCACCGUGAUCAGCAGUUCUUCCGAUGGCAGUUCAACCUCGACGACGGUAGUUUUGACGUCUACCGAUUCCGCAACCGCCACAACCGGCGCGAGCUCGACCUCGGGCUCAAGCGCGUCUCAGUCGGCAUCCAACUCUGCUGCGCUGUCAGGGAGUGCUGCAUCAGACAGCGGUGGCCUUAGUCAGGGGGGGAAGAUCGCAGUGGCCGUUGUUGUGCCCGUCGUUUCGGUGGCAUUGAUCAUUGUGGCCGCCAUCUUCUUCUGGCGUAAGCGAAAGGCAAACAAGGCGGCUGAGGAUGAGCGCCGGAAGGAAGUGGAGGAGUAUGGCUUCAACCCGAACAAUGACCCUACCCUCCCUGGUGUGGGAGGUGUUGUGGCGCCCAAGGAUGACACCUCGUCAGGCUACCGUGGCUGGGGAACAACGUCUGCAGGACGCAAGGCAUCGACGAACCUGUCUAGCGGCAUGGGCAUGGCCAUGUCGGAAUCAGGGAGCGGCGCAGGCUAUCACCACGGGGCCACUCCCAGUGAGGGCACCGUUCAGUACUCGGAUGGAGCAGGACGACCGAACUCGGGUGAAGUGGAACCGGUCGGAGUCCUGGGGGCCGCCCCGACAGCGUCCCAAAACCGCACCGGUGACAUUCACCGUGGUCCCUCCAAUGCGUCGUCGGCCUACUCGGCCGCUAACCGUUCCGAGGCAUCGGAUGAGAGCCAUAUGUCGACAGGGCACCCAUCGGGUGGCUACUAUGGUGACAACGCAUAUUACGGCGAGGGCCAAGGUUCAUAUGGUGAUGAUUAUCAACCUGUGAUCCGCGAUGUCCAGGCGCGCCGCAACACGCGCAUUGAGAAUCCCGGUGUCUUCCCACGACAAGGGAACGCUGGCAUUGCCCAGAAUUUCUAA